AUGACGGACAUCUCAGGCAAAACAUCAUGGCUUCGCAGCGUUCGCUCCUCCGAAUCAUUCAUCAUUCUGGUGGUGUCCAUUGCAAUAUUUACGGACUUGUUCAACUAUGGGAUGAUUGUUCCAAUUAUGCCAGUGGCUCUGGUUGAUCGAGUCAGAGCUCGUGAGGAAGACGCCCAAUUCUGGGUCUCAGUACUUUUAGCCGUCCAUGGGUGCACUUUGCUACUGGGAUCUCCACUAUUCGGAUAUUUUGCCGAUCAUUGUACUGUGCGAAGAACCCCCUUCGUGCUCGGAAUGGUCGCAUUUGCUGGUUCUAUCAGCAUGUUUGUACUUGCCCGAUCGCUUCCCGUAUUGAUUAUUGCACGCGCUUUACAGGGGCUCUCGGCAAGCGCAGUAUGGGUUGUUGGACUGGCCCUCAUAGCCGAUAAUGUACCAACCGAGCGAGUUGGGGAGGCCAUGGGAUACACUGGCAUUGCAUUGACAUGGGGAUUUCUUCUGGGUCCCUCCGUUGGCGGCAUCAUGUAUGAUAGUUUGGGUUUCUAUGGAACCUUUGCAAUCCCCAUUGCCCUGCUCGCUGUGGAUGUGAUCUUGCGACUAGCAAUGAUUGAGAAGUCUGAACUCACGGAAGACUCUGACGAAACCUACGUUGUGCAUUCAAACUCAUCAACAGUGAGUUACGGGACCGGAUACAACACAUUCUCGUCACAGACGGAGUCGAUCACAGAGAGCUCCAUGUUUAUUGAAUCUUCCGAUACCGACGCUCCUCUACUAGGCUUACCCGCCUCCGAUGUAGAAAACAUGCGCCCGACUCUUCAAAAGAAGGCCACCAUCUUCGACCUUCUCUUUUCUCCCCGACUUCCUAUUGCGCUGGUAUCAACCAUUGUCAUUUCAAUCAUCUUUCACGCCUUAGAAACGGUUCUGCCAUUAUUCGUCAUGGACACAUUCCAGUGGACUUCAGCAGGAGCUGGCUUAAUAUUUGUGGUUCCGUCCAUACCCAGCUUUGCAGGUGUAUAUGUUGGCAGACUCCACAGCAGAAUUGGGCCUCAAAUCCCAGGUGCAGCUGCAUUCCUCUUGGCAGCAGUCACUUGGAUGCUCAUGCCGCUGAUCAAGCACAACAAUACAUAUGAUGCGACAUUUCUCGUCGUCCUUUUACUCUUCAAAGGCCUGGCAGUCUGUACAAUUCAGCUCGUUGCUAUGACCGAAGUUUUCCAUGUCAUCGAAGCCUACGAAGCCGAAUUUCCAGGAGCUUUUGGCGAGAAAAGUCCAAUUGCACAAGGCUAUGCGCUCUUCAAUAUGGCUAUGGCUGCUGGACAGCUCCUGGGACCACUCUUGGCGGGCUUGAUUAAGAUACAUGCGGGAUGGGGUGCUAUGUCCAUGGCUAUGGGACUCAUUUGUGGACUGGCAUCGAUGCCUUUUAUUCUAUGGAGUGGAAAGGCGUCCAAAUCCAAAGAGAGAGCACCGGUGCCACAAAAAUAG